GUUGAGCUGAGCUGUGCUGACUACUUCCACCUCCAUAGAAACGGAUCAAGUUGGACUUGAAUUUUCUCCUUAGAAAACACCAAAACAUACAGGCUUACCCACAUCUCCUUCAGAUAGAUGAGAAGAUACAGGGAGAUAUCAUUUGAAAGCAGUGAACAGCUCCUAUUCUUCACAUUGGUUUGAUCACUGCGUCUUUCGACACUGCUAGCCCUGAGAGUGACGAGUCUAGCUGACAUAUUGGGAAAACUUUGUAUUCAUUUUUUUCCCGAACCCCAUGAAAAUCACGUUUUCUUCGUGGACAAUGAUGCGACAAGCAAGCAUCUCCUCGGUGGUAUUUCUAUCUUGCACUGUCAUGCUGGUGCAGGGUGGAUGCCCGCGACAGUGCUCGUGCCCCACCUCACCGCCCUCAUGCCCACCAGGUGUCAGCUGGGUGACAGACUCCUGCGGCUGCUGUAAGGUGUGUGCCAGGCAGUACAACCAGGACUGCAGCCCUAGCCAGCCCUGUGACCACAUCAAGGGCCUGCACUGCCACCUAGGGUCUGGAGGAGACCCGGAGACAGGACUGUGUCGAGCUGAGGCCAUGGGUCGUCCCUGUGAGCUGAACGGCCGGGUCUACCAACACGGGGAGGACUUCCAGCCCAGCUGCCAGCACCAGUGCAGCUGUAUGGACGGCGUGGUGGGCUGCAUGCCCCUGUGCCCACACCAGGUACCACUACCAGGUUGGCACUGCUCCCGGCCCCGGCUGGCCAGGCUGCCAGGACGCUGCUGCGAGGAGUGGCUUUGUGACGAUGACAACCAUAUCAAGGAGGACUCCAGAGAGGUUGACCACGCUCCACCUCCUUCCCCACCCCAGCACCCUGAUCUUGCCAGCAAUGAGCUGCUCAUGGCUCCCACCCCCUGGGUCUCAAGUGCUGGAGCGUCAUAUCAAGAGUGGAUCUCCUCCCCCCAGUCCCAUGUCUUACUUCCCUCAACCUGCUUCCUGCAAACCACUGAUUGGUCGCCUUGCUCAGCCACGUGUGGGAUGGGUGUGUCCAGCCGAGUAACCAGUAGCAACGCUGAGUGUCGGUUGGCCAGAGAGACACGACUGUGCCAGAUCCGGCAGUGUGAUCUUGCCCUCAUCCCUUCUCCCAAGAAAGGGAAGAAGUGCCAACGCACAAUACGUCCUCGCAAACCUGUCCGGAUCAAGUUCACCGGCUGCUCUACAGCGCGCCAGUAUCGUCCUCGUUCCUGUGGCUUGUGUGCCGAUGGCAGCUGCUGCACUCCUUCUCUGACGCGCACAGUGAACCUUCACUUCCGCUGUCCCGGAGGCAGGCAGCACUUUACCCGUAGCGUCAUGUGGAUCCAGCGUUGCCGCUGCAGCCAGAGCUGCCAAAGUCAAGGGCUUGCCUCCCCGGGCUCUCUCAGUCUGCCUAAUGACAUCCAUACCUUCUCCCACUGAGCCCCAUGUCUAAACACUAGCAUUCCUCACCACAAGAACAUGCCCUUGACCUGACUCUGGCCCUCGACUCUAGGGUUCACCCUUGCCCUAAUCUCACUGUCUCCUUUCCUCGUUCCAAAAACGUUUCCUGUUCCCUAACCCCAGGGUUUAUUGCUGCCGUAGCCUCUUUACCCCAGUCUGUGUUCCUUUACCCCAGGACUCCCCCUGACCCUGUCUCCAGUCUGUAUUCCUUUACCCCAGGACUCCCCCUGACCCUGUCUCCAGUCUGUGUUCCUUUACCCCAGGACUCCUCCUGACCCUGUCUUCCGUCUGUGUUCCUUUACCCCAGGACUCCCCCUGACCCUGUCUUCAGUCUGUGUUCCUUUACCCCAGGACUCCUCCUGACCCUGUCUCCAGUCUGUGUUCCUUUACCCCAGGACUCCCCCUGACCCUGUCUCCAGUCUGUGUUCCUUUACCCCAGGACUCCCCCUGACCCUGUCUCCAGUCUGUGUUCCUUUACCCCAGGACUCCCCUGACCCUGUCUCGAGUCUGUGUUCCUUUACCCCAGGACUCCCCCUGACCCUGUCUCCAGUCUGUGUUCCUUUACCCCAGGACUCCCCCUGACCCUGUCUCCAGUCUGUGUUCCUUUACCCCAGGACUCCCCCUGACCCUGUCUCCAGUCUGUGUUCCUUUACCCCAGGACUCCCCCUGACCCUGUCUCCAGUCUGUGUUCCUUUACCCCAGGACUCCCCCUGACCCUGUCUCCAGUCUGUGUUCCUUUACCCCAGGACUCCCCCUGACCCUGUCUCCAGUCUGUGUUCCUUUACCCCAGGACUCCCCCUGACCCUGUCUCCAGUCUGUGUUCCUUUACUCCAGGACUCCCCCUGACCCUGUCUCCAGUCUGUGUUCCUUUACCCCAGGACUCCUCCUGACCCUGUCUCCAGUCUGUGUUCCUUUACCCCAGGACUCCCCCUGACCCUGUCUCCAGUCUGUGUUCCUUUACCCCAGGACUCCCCCUGACCCUGUCUCGAGUCUGUGUUCCUUUACCCCAGGACUCCCCCUGACCCUGUCUCCAGUCUGUGUUCCUUUACCCCAGGACUCCCCCUGACCCUGUCUCCAGUCUGUGUUCCUUUACCCCAGGACUCCCCCUGACCCUGUCUCCAGUCUGUGUUCCUUUACCCCAGGACUCCCCCUGACCCUGUCUCCCAUCUGUGUUCCUUUACCCCAGGACUCCCUCUUGCCCUGUCUCCAGUCUGUGUUCCUUUACCCCAGGACUCCCCCUGACCCUGUCUCCAGUCUAUGUUCCUUUACCCCAGGACUCCCCCUGACCCUGUCUCCAGUCAGUGUUCCUUUACCCCAGGACUCCCCCUGACCCUGUCUUCAGUCUGUGUUCCUUUACCCCAGGACUCCCCCUGACCCUGUCUCCAGUCUGUGUUCCUUUACCCCAGGACUCCUCCUGACCCUGUCUCGAGUCUGUGUUCCUUUACCCCAGGACUCCCCCUGACCCUGUCUCCAGUCUAUGUUCCUUUACCCCAGGACUCCCCCUGACCCUGUCUCCAGUCUGUGUUCCUUUACCCCAGGACUCCUCCUGACCCUGUCUUCAGUCUGUGUUCCUUUACCCCAGGACUCCCCCUGACCCUGUCUCCAGUCUAUGUUCCUUUACCCCAGGACUCCCCCUGACCCUGUCUCCAGUCAGUGUUCCUUUACCCCAGGACUCCUCCUGACCCUGUCUCGAGUCUGUGUUCCUUUACCCCAGGACUCCCCCUGACCCUGUCUUCAGUCUGUGUUCCUUUACCCCAGGACUCCCCCUGACCCUGUCUCCAGUCUGUGUUCCUUUACCCCAGGACUCCCCCUGACCCUGUCUCCAGUCUGUGUUCCUUUACCCCAGGACUCCCCCUGACCCUGUCUCCAGUCUGUGUUCCUUUACCCCAGGACUCCCCCUGACCCUGUCUCCAGUCUGCCCUCACCCCAUAUAGAAGGCUCCAUCAGCUGGGGGAAGGACACUGAUGCGAUGUAGUGAUCUGUUUUACUCUUACAGCUGCCUAAUUCUGUGCCCAACACUUUCUCUCUCUCAUUCUCUCACUGGUGGUAACUCCCCCCAUAAUCCAACGGUUUUGGUUUGGUCUUCACUCACACCCGAAAAUCAGCACCUCCAUAUAACUUCAGUGUUGGACUGACUGACUGAAUUUAAAAGACAGUUGGGGGUGCUUCUAUGUUACUGUAGUUUGGAAUGGUGAAUUGUACUCUGUGGGACUGUACUUAUAACUACCCAAAGAGAAAGGUUAGACUGAAUAUCAGACAGGCAAUCUCACAGAGACAUUUGCGUAGCAUCCCUUCUGACAAACGCCUUUAUAGCCUUACUGCCCCUUUCACUUGUCUGUUUUGCUUGUGUUCAGUAAGUGACAGAUCUGUGGGCGAUUGUGUCAUUCUACAAAUGAUCUCUAUCAGUGGACCUCCUAUCAAAUUUGAUGGGCAAGAAUAUAAAUGCACAGGUGUUCAUGGUUUACACUCUGAAAUAUGAAUCAUCAUUGUUAUAGACACAGAGGUUUUAAAUGGACCUUUGUAAGUUAUUCAUGUUUAAUUAUUGUAGCGAUGACUUGUAAAUAUGUAUUUACUAUACUUUGUACAGUUAGGCAAUGUUGAUUUGUUUGUCAUUAGGUAUAUAUGUCUGUUUCGUAUCGUCUCUAUCUGUACAGACUUCACUUAACGAUGGAGUGACAUGUUUUGGAUAUUACCUCCUUUUUCGAGGUGCACAGAAUAUAAACAAUAGUGGACCGAGAAUGUAAUAUGUUAAUUUAUAUCACUUUAUUUUGAUUAAUAUAUUCAAUAAAUGUCUUAUAAUGAAAGUGCCUCUUGUAAAAAAAAUUACAAACGCCAUGAAAAUAUAUGUAUUUCUACAAA